CGGUACCGUUAUGUCGUUACACCAACAUGUCCAUGCGACGUUUGACAGUUCUGGAUCCGUGACCGCUAAAAUGGAAAUGUGUCAUACAUGAAUGUAAAACUUCGAUGCCGCCGUAAAUGUAGCUGCGCAUUUAAAUCGAGGGCUUUGGGAUAUUUUAAUUGAAAGUAUGGCUCGCGUUGUGAAAGUGUUUCGGACUCUGCGGAACAACUGGAAGAAGUCCACCUUUGCUGCUUGCGUCCUGUCUUACGGGGGCUACUGGCUGUAUGGUAAACACUGUGACAGUGUUCUGCGGAGAGAGGCUUGUCUCGCCGCCAGGGAAUUCGGGCGCCAACUGAUUGCACCACAGGAGCGUCUGAGGAAAGCAACAGUGAUCUUGAACCCGGCAGCUUGCAGUGGGAAAGCCAACAACCUGUUUGAAAAGAAUGCUGCUCCACUUUUACACCUGGCUGGUGUGGAGAUUACUAUAGUAAAGACGGACUAUGAAGGUCAGGCAAAAAAACUGAUUGAGCUCAUGGAACAGACCGAUAUGCUCAUCGUAGCCGGAGGGGAUGGCACCUUGCAGGAAGUCGUCACCGGUUUGCUGCGAAGGCCAGAUCAAGACACAGUCUGUAACACACCAAUUGGAUUCAUUCCACUGGGCUCUCACAAUUCCCUGAGUCCAAGUCUUCACCUCCUCAGUGACAACAAGGUCAAAGACAUUACAUCGGCAACACUGUCCAUUCUAAAGGGAGAAACAGUACCUCUGGAUGUGCUGCAAAUCAAAGGAGAGAAAGAGCAGCCAGUCUUCGCUCUGACGGGACUACGUUGGGGAGCUUUUAGAGAUGUGGCUGCAACAAUCAGCAAAUAUUGGUACCUUGGGCCAUUGAAGACAAAUGCAGCACAUUGGUUUAGUACUCUACGGGAGUGGCCCCUGAUCCGUGAGGUCUCAGUGUCCUACCUGGCUCCCAGCCUACGGCCCCCUGACCUGCCAACUCAUAAGCCCCCCAGACCCAACCUGCUCUACCGCAUCGUCCGCAGGCUCAAAAACCGCUGGAACCCUCCUGUCGAAGAGCCUCCAAAAGUGGAGGAGCCAGAGCAGUGGAAUGAGGAGCAUCUGUCGACGUUAGAGCUGUUUAUUCAAACGCAAAACAAAAACCCAGUGGAGAUGCGCAUAAAUGACUCCCUGAUGAUCUGUGCAGAACCGGACAACUUCACAGUGGGCGAGUACAUCACUGUCGGAAGUAAAAAGGAAAAGGAUCCAACCGUAUUCACCAAAGACUCCACAAAACUGGAAGCCAGUGUUUGCCAGCUUCACCUGCCAGAGGGUGCCGCUGGCUUCUACAGCAUCGACAACGAGGAGUAUGAGGCCAUGCCCGUAGAAGUAAGGCUGUUGCCACGGAAACUACGUUUCUUCAUCAGUGCAGAGCGCAGGGAGCAGCUUCUCUCACAUAUGCAGUGAUGAAAAAACAUUGAACAUGAAAGAAGACAAGAACAGCGAGACAAAAACUGAUUGAGUCAAGAGAAACACUAAAGCAAAGAACAGGAUGCCAUGAGAUUCUGAAGUCAGACGGAUUUGUUCUUUGCCAGCUGUUACAUGUAAUGUUUACUACAUGUAAACAUUCAGUGGAAUAAUUAUAAGGAGGAAUACAUGAAAUGCUGUUGGAUAUUAAAGGACCAAGGCUUUGUUUCUUUAAGCCAGUAACCCGUGUAUCGGUUGUCUUACAAAAUGAUUUUAUGUUUACUGAAUGGUUUACUAUUCCCAUCACAUUUGAUCUUGGUCAAUAAAAAUUAUUUCUGUCCAAA